GGUCAUGGUAUGCGGCAUAUUCGAGUGUCCAAGCUCGCCUUGACUCGUUCAGCGCUACUGUUUGCCGCGUUUUGGUUCUCUGCCUUUGGCUGGGUUGGCCCGGAAAGGCGACAACAUCAGCCCCGCAGCCCUCUUGGCUGCUCUGGAAGGAAGCGCAGGGGGAGUUUUGAGCCAGACGACAUGGUGCGGUUGAUUUGCACCUCCGACAAGCACCACAAGUUCUGGGAGAUCGAGGUGUCGGGCAAGGAGACCACCGUGCGGUAUGGCCGCAUCGACACCAAGGGCCGCACCUCCAAGAAGUCCCACGAGGACGCGGAUGCGGCCAAGGCCUUCAUGGAGAAGCAGAUCAAGGCCAAGCGCAAAAAGGUGGGCGGCGGCCCGCAACAAAUUGGAUGGCAAGCGCCGAAGGGCUACAUCGAGCCUGAGCAGAACGAGGCUGAGACUGAGGAGACCGACAAGGCCCCGGUGCCGGCAGUGGACAAGGCGGUGGCGAACCCGCCCAACCUGGUGCUGAAAUGGGGGGACUUCGCCGGGCACGGCGCCUGCAAGGAAAACGCCUUUAUGAAGGCCAGUGGCCGGGAGUCUGUGGGAGCGCGCAGCUCGCAGCCGCUGCCAAAGGAUGUCACCUGGACGGUGAGGUAUUCCCUCAUCGGCUCCCACCAAGCUGUGGGUGUCGCCACAAAGGACGCGCCCCUCUGCAUGGACGGCUAUCAUUUUGUCUUCGGCGACGAGACGGAAAAAGGCGAGAGCUGGGCGCUGUGCUUCACCAAGUCCCUGGACGAAUUCCUGGCGCGCCACGAGGCCCACGAGCUCGAGGAGCUGCACUCCGAGACGCCGUUGAAGGAGGGCCAGGCCGUGGAGUUCCAGCUGCGCUUGUCCAAGGGCAAAGAGCUCUACGUGCGUUUGCCCAACUCCAAGAAGGAGGAGCUCCUCUUCAGCGACCUGCCAGAGGAAGAGCUCUAUGCAGUGGCCUCGGCCACCUAUUAUCACACCCAGGUGGUCAUCCAAAAUCCCAGCGAUCCUCAGCCCGCCCCGGACCUCGACCCGGACGCGAAGCAGGUGAAGAAGAUACCCACGCGGCCGCACCCGGCGGCGGUUCGAACCCCCCCACCCAAAAGGAAGAAGCGAGCCUUCCCGCCCUUGCCGGCCUUUAACAAGAAGGGCCUCGUCGAAUCCGCCGUGGCGAAAGUGGAAGGUGGUGCGGCUUGGGAGCUUGAGGAGCUGGAGCGGAAGGUCUUGAAGAACGAGAACUGCCUGGACGACCGCAUGCGUCAGCAGAUGGCCUUCCUCAUGCAGUACGGCAUCAUGUUCCGGGAGUGCGACUCCCUGGAGGCAUGCUUCAACGAGCGCGUGGUGGAUGACGGCAUCAUGGUGGUCCGGACGCUGAAAUCGGCGGCGCUGCCGAAUGUCCUGCUGUCCUACUUCGAGGGCGGCUUUGGGGGCAACUCCAUGGGCUUCAUGAUGGUGGAGGAGGAUGGCGUCACAAAGUGCAUCCUGGAAAAUUGCGACACAGACCUGAGUUGGCGAGGUCCCAACGAAAAGUCGAAGGCGGCAGAGGCCUUUGUCCAGGCCUUUUGGACCAUCCGCUACGACGACUAGCCCCCCCACUUUCGUGGGGAUUCUCGAAAAGAGUGGCGGAGCCCCCCGGUCUUAAUUGU